CUACUCCUACAGUCCUACUCCAGAUUAUAAGGGAUUUUUUGGAGGUCCAAUUUCAAAACAAUUCCUAAACCCUAAUUUCUCCUAGUUUUUCCGUCCAACAGAUUCCAAGCAAAAUGGCUCGCCGUAGUUCAGGUGGAAGAUCAUCCCGCCCAGCCCCACGUCCAGCUGCACGCAGCCCACCUCCUCAAAAAGUGAAUAGUGCUCCUCCUCCAGCCCCAGUCCAAGGUGGCUCCGGUGGAUCCAUGCUUGGAAGCCUUGGUUCAACCAUUGCUCAAGGGAUGGCAUUUGGUACUGGAAGUGCAAUGGCACAUAGGGCAGUUGAUGCGGUUAUGGGUCCAUGUACAAUUCAGCAUGAAACAGUUGCAUCUGAAGCUGUAGCGGCUCCAGCACCCAGCGUGGGUGGAUCUGAAGCCUGCAGCCCGCACAAUAAAGCGUUCCAAGAUAAUGUCUUGCCUUCCCUGCUUCAAACUUUGACGAGCUCUUGUGCCAUUUUUUCUGCAGUGCCUGAACAGCUAUGGAAGUGACAUAACUAAGUGCCAGUUCUACAUGGACAUGCUGGCUGAAUGCCGUAGAAAUUCGGGUUCUAAUUCUAUGAUGAGCUCCUAAAUACAUCCACUGCAGCAUCCACUCAUUUGUAGUAGUGAUCUUUAUAGGAAUGUCACAAGGAUUCCUAUCAUUGAAUAUGUUAUUACACCUAUUAUAUUGGCGGUCUACAGACCUUGUUCAUUGGGAAAUAAACAUGUUUAAUGUUGAUGAGAUGGAUGCUCUUGUUCUUCA